GAGCCACAGUGAAAAAGCAGUGGCUUAGGUUGCUCCGAGUGUCUCUGAAAGGCUUUAUUGCCUCUCAAAACGAAGAGCCUACACUCAAGAAUCAGCUGGAACCUGGCUGGCAACACACAGCAGAGAACAGCAAUUUUCUUGAAAAAAAAAAAAAAAAGAAACUCUUGUCUCAGUCAAGAUGUUUAAAAUACGCAAAGCUAAGGAUGAGGAACCAACUGCUCCAGGGCAGGUGAAAAUUAAAAAGAGGUCCAGGGUACCUGGAGUUAUGAUUACCCAGUAUGUGGAAGAACUACCCAAAGACAUGACCACACCAGAUUUCACUCGGAAACCCAUCGCUAUAACUAUUCAAGAAGGAAAAGUCGCUAUCUUCAAAGCAGUAGUUACUGGCAAACCAACACCAACUGUGACCUGGGUGAGAAAUAAUGGGGAAAUUGAUGAAGAAAGGUGCAAAAUCAUCUACGAUACAAGUUCCGGUGAACACCAACUACAUAUGCCUGAUGUAUCAGUGGAUCAAGCUGACACCUACAAGUGUUUUGCCAGAAAUGAAUAUGGAAAAGCAGUUGUAACUGCUGCGCUUAAUGUUAUUGAGGUUGGCUAUAAAAAGAGCAGAGCCAUGCAAGAAUCAAGAACAGCUGUCCGAGAGACACCUGAGGACUUCAAAAAGGCCUUAAAAAAUAAGAUUGACACUGAAGCAAAAGAAGACAAAAAAAGAGAAAUCGAUGACACGUUUUGGGAACUGUUGUUGAGUGCAGACAAGAAAGAUUACGAGACCAUCUGUGCUCAGUAUGGUAUCACUGAUUUUCGUGGGAUACUGAAGAAACUCAAUGAGAAGAAGAUGGAAAGGGAGCAAGAGCAAGAAAGGGUUGUUGAAAGACUAUGCAACCUAAAGCCCAUUGAAAUGAAAGACGAUGGUGGUGCAGAGUUUGAACUUGAAAUGUCACUUAAAGACCCUACCAGCAAAAUCUUCUUAUUCAAGGAUGGAGUUAUGAUUCCUUUUGAUCCUGACACAGAGGCAAAACACGGACUUAGGCAGGUGGGAAAGAAGUUUGUGUUUAGCAUCAAUGGUGUUGACGCUGAUGAUGCAGGAUUAUACCAAGUGGAGGUUGAUGGAGUUAAGAUCUUCUCGACUGACUUCAAAUUGCCCACUGUAGACUUCCUGGUCAAGAUUCAAGACGUGAAAGCAGAGGAAAGAGAGGAUGCUGUCUUUGAGUGUGUAAUCUCACAUCCCCAGAAAAAGUUAACUUGGAUGGGAAAGAAUGUCGCGCUGGAGCAAGGGGACAAAUUUGACAUCACUGUGUCACAGGAUAUGCUGAUUCACACAUUGGUGGUAAAGGACUGCAAGCUAUUGGACAAAGGAAUUUAUGCGGCUGUGGCUGGACUUAAAUCCUGCAGUGCCUGGCUUGUAGUAGAAGCUGACAAUGAUCCAAAUGCACGCGGAAAGAAGAAAGCUCGCAAAACAACCAGAGCAGGUGGUGGUGGAGAAGAUCUUUUGAAGAUUGCUCAGGAGCAACAGGCUAAGAUACAGAAAGAGAGAGAUGAGUUGAUUGCAAAGGCAAAGGCUGAGGCAGAAGCAGCAGCUGCAGCAGCUGCAGCAGCUGCAGAAGCCGCAGCAGCUGCAGCUGCAGCUGAGAAAGCAAAAGUGAAGACAAAGGAGAAGGUAAAGGCGAAGGCGGUACAAGGCGCCGAUAAAGCAGACGCAACCACUGCUGUAGAGGAGGAAGAGGAUGAAGAAAAGGAAGAAGUGUCCGAACCAGCUGAACCUACAUCAUCAGAAACCAAGCAGGAGGAACAAGCAAAGGAGGGAGAGGCUCCUGCUCAAGUUGCUGAUACUGAAGAAGAGGAGCCUGUUCAAGAGAAAAGAAAGAGAGUGAGAACAGGCCCACUUGUCCCUGAUACAGUCAUUGACCCAGGAGUAUACUUCACCAGCGGACUGUCAGAUGUAAACGCCAUCAUUGGUACUGAGGCAGAACUGGUCUGCAGGCUGAGUAGUGAGGACUGUGACGGAGUCUGGUACAAAGAUGGGAAAGAGAUAACCGGUACAGAUGAUAUCUGUAUUGUUAAAGAUGGGACUUAUCGCAAACUAAUUAUAAAAAACUGCAAAGAAGAUGAUGCUGGAAAGUACCGAUGUGAAGCUGAUGGGCGUAAAACAGAAGCUGUGCUAAAGGUUGAAGAUCCUCCAAGAAUUAACCCUGAUGACCUCACCGAGUUCAUAAAACCUGUUAUAAUCAGAACUGGGAAAGAUGCAGCCUUCAAGCUUUCCUUUGUUGGCCAGGAACCCAUGAAGAUCCAGUGGUACAAUGAAGGAGAAGAGCUGUUGGAGGACACCCAUAUCAGGAUCGAGAAGUCUUCCUCACACAGCCGCCUGCUUCUAACCAAGUGCCAACGCAAAACCACAGGAGAAAUUAAGAUUAAGAUUAAAAAUGAAUGUGGAACAACUGAGGCCAUCUCACAACUCAUUGUAUUAGAUAAACCAACACCGCCCCUAGGCCCUGUGGAUAUCAUUGAAAGUUCGGCAGCUUGCAUUGACUUCAAAUGGAGGCCUCCCAAAGACAAUGGAGGUUCCCCUAUCACAGACUACAUCCUGGAACGCCAGCAAAUUGGCCGAAACAGCUGGAAGAAAUUAGGCAAGAUUGGCCCAGAGCCUAAAUACAGGGACACUGAUGUGGACCAUGGCAGAAAGUACUGCUACCACAUCAGGGCAGAAACUGAUCAAGGCAUCAGUGAAAUGAUGGAGACCGAUGACAUUCAGGCAGGGACAAAGGCAUACCCUGGACCUCCUUCCACACCAAAAAUUGUUAGUGCUUUCAAAGACUGUAUCAAUCUUGCUUGGUCUGCGCCCACUAAUACCGGAGGAACCAACAUUUUGGGAUACAAUGUGGAGAAACGCAAGAAUGGCAGUAAUCUGUGGGGCCAAGUCAACCCACCCGACGAGCCCAUCAGAGAGAAAACAUAUGCAGUGAAGGAUGUUGUUGAAGGCAUUGAGUACGAGUUCCGUGUAUCAGCUAUCAAUAUUUCUGGUGCUGGAGAGCCAAGUACGCCUUCUGAAUUUGUGAUUGCAAGAGAUCCAAAGAAGCCACCUGGUAAAGUUAUUGACCUGAAGGUGACAGACUCUACAUACACCACCUUAUCGCUGGGCUGGACCAAACCCACGGAGGAGGAAGGGGUCCAAGAUGAGGCCAAAGGAUACUUUGUGGAGCUCAGACCUGCAGAAAACCCAGAAUGGAGUCGCUGUAACUCCAGUGCUAUCAUUAUGACCUCCUAUACUAUUAUGGGUCUGAAGUCUAUGGCCAUGUACUGGGUAAGAGUUAUAGCCAACAAUGAGGGUGGAGAUGGGGAGCCUCAAGAAUUGGACAAUUACAUCAUUGCAAUGCCUCCUCCAGUGAGACCUCAAUUCACUGACAGAAAAAUGAAGAACUUCAUGGUAAUGAGAGCUGGGAACUCUACUCGAAUCAACUUCAACUUUCAGGCCUCUCCAGUACCAACUAUUAAAUGGCUCAAGGACGGUCAUUCUGUAGGCAAGCAUGUGACUGUGAGCAACACAGACACAUCAUCACAGCUAAUCAUCCCCUCAUCAGAGCGCCAUGACACUGGGAUCUACACAAUCAUUGUCAAGAACCUUGUUGGUCAGGAGACCUGUAGUGUUGAGAUAAGAGUUACAGAUGACCCCAAGCCUCCAGGCCCUGUGGAGCUGGACGAAAAUGUUUCGGGAACAGUGACGGUCUCCUGGGCUCCCUCUCCAGAUGAGAAGAAAGACGACAGGCUGCACUACAUGAUCACCAAGAGUGAUUCUGUUAAGCGUACUUGGCAAACUGUGGCAGAACAUCUCUUCAAUAACAAGUUCACUGUCAUCAAUAUCAUGCCGGGAAGGCAGUAUAAGUUCCGGGUCUAUGCCAGGAAUGACAUGGGGCUUUCCAAACCCUCUGAGUCAGCAACCUGGGAAGUGAAGAGAAAGAAAGAAACACUUUCUUUGAACGUUCCUACCUCUAAGGACUGCAGCUUUGAGACGCCUCCCUCAUUCUCUGUUCCGCUAAAAAUGCACAAAAGUCCAGAGAGCUACGAAUGCUACAUGAGUUGUGCAGUGACAGGAAACCCCAGACCCCAUGUUACCUGGUACAGAAAUAAUAUCAACCUCAACACCAACACUAAUUACUACAUCACUAACACAUGUGGGGUCUGCUCCAUGGUGAUACUCAAAGUUGGGCCCAAGGACAAUGGGGAUUACACAGUCCUUGCAGAAAACCCUCUGGGCAGAGUGGAGUGUUCAACUAAACUUGUCGUUAAAGAGUAGGAUGAAGAUGCCUGAAGAUACCUGUUCCAUUUAAAUGAAUGGAAUGGAAAGGAUUUGCCAAUUUGAAACCUGCUGUCACCUGUGCUUUUUUUGUGAAUUACUGAAAGAGAGAAAGAGCUCUUGAUAACCAUCCACACAUGUUUUAAAGCACCAAUAACAAAUGUGAUGGAUUCAAACUAGAUUCUGUUGUGUUUGAGUGCAAAUUCUACUCAGUUUAUCUACUGGAUGCAGAGACCACUAAGACAUCUAAGAUUCAACAUUAAUUAUAUGCUUACCCCCAGACAUAUUUAUUUAUUGACCUUAUUUUCCAUGAGUUGUGAUUAUAGUUAUUUUCCUCUGCUAUUUUCUGUUACUACUUCAUGGAAAAUUGACAAUAUAACAAUAUGUCUAUAAAUGAGUAUGUUUUAAUGUUUGAAUUAUUAAUCAUUAUGCCAAAAUGUAAAUAAAUCCUACCUGUUCACUGGUGAA